AUGCAGGGUAAACUUGUUGUUCUCGGCCUCGUGGCAUACUGCCUUCAGGCCUUGGGUGCUCCGUCGCCCGAGGGCAAAGACGGUUCGAAAGACAGCAGCUCUAUUCCGCCUGGUGCCGAGUCGCAGCCAGCGAUACAUGUGGGCAAGAAUUCUGCCCUCGCUGCCAGUAAGUGCGAGCUCUACGACCCGGCGUUUGAUGGGGUGUGCCGACUGAUGAUUCGUCAUGUCCAGAUUGCAAUUACUGUACCGGCUAUAUGUGCGGCCUUGAAUAUAGCUGCUGCGAUCCUUACCCAGUUUGCAGGUACACUACUGAGUGCCGCUGCUACGCUUGGUAGGGCGUCGACGUGA